AGUAGAUAACAGCUGGAAUAACAUUAAGUAAAAAGUUCUCUCUAAUUUAAAUAAAUUUAAUUAAAUAAAAAUACAUCAACGGAAAAAUAAAUAAACUUUGAAGCACUUACCAUGUCGGAUGAUCUGCCUGAGGAAUUCGAUCUGAUAGUCAUAGGCACAGGUUUCACUGAAUCCUGCAUUGCCGCUGCCGCCAGUCGGAUUGGCAAAACGGUAUUGCACAUCGAUUCCAAUGAUUACUAUGGCGACGUUUGGAGCUCAUUUAGUCUGGAGGCAUUUAACAAGCUGUUGGACCAGCCCAGCUGCAGCCUGCGUAACGGCAGCUACACCUGGCAUGAGCCAGCGGGGGAGAGGGCACCCCGUUGGUCGCGCGAAACAUUGCUGGAGAAGUCGCGUCGCUUCAGUCUGGAUCUGAGUCCUCGUGUCGCCUACUCUGCCGGCGCGCUGGUGAAGUUGCUAAUUAAGUCCAAUAUUUGCCGCUAUGCGGAGUUCCGUGCCCUGGAUCAUGUGUGCAUGCUGUACAACAACGAACUCGUCUCGGUACCCUGCUCCCGCAGCGAUGUCUUCAACACCAAAACGCUGACCAUGGUGGAGAAGCGUCUGCUCAUGAAGUUUCUGACGGCCUGCAAUUAUUAUGGCGAGGAUAAGUGCAAUGAGGACGCGCUCGACUUUCGCGGGCGCACGUUUCUGGAGUAUCUGAAGGCGCAACAGGUUACGGACAAGAUAGCCACAUGCGUAAUGCAGGCUAUAGCCAUGUGUGAUGCCAGCAGCAGCUUUGAAACGGGCAUACAGCGCACCCAACGCUUUUUGGCCAGCCUGUGCCACUAUGGCAAUACCCCAUUUCUGUUUCCCAUGUACGGCUGCGGUGAAUUGCCGCAAUGCUUUUGUCGCCUGUGCGCCGUCUAUGGCGGCAUUUAUUGUCUGAAGCGCAGCGUCGACGACAUCAGUUGGACGCCGGACGCCAAGGAGCUGCUGUUGAGCAGCGCGGGCAAAACGUUGCGCGCCAAGCAUAUUGUCUGUGCGCCUGGUCAACUGCCUGCCACAUUGGCCCCACACUAUGGCCAGCUGCAGCCGCAUAUCUCCAGAGGCUUGUUCAUUGCCGCCAGCCCGUUGGGCAAUAAGGAGCUAAAUAAGGGCGGCGGUGGUGUCAAUUUGUUGCGACUGUUGGCUAACGAUGGGCAACGGGAGGCGUGCCUAAUACAAUUGUCGCACUACUCGGGCGCCUGUCCGGAUGGUUUGUACAUACUCCAUUUAACGACGCCCGCCUUUAGCGAAGAUCCUGCUGCCGAUUUGGCCGACUUUACGGCUCAGUUGCUUGAGACAAAUGCUCCCCAGAUCCUCUACAGCGCCUACUUUACCAUCGCGGCGCCCAGGAAUGCAGAUGCAAGUGCUGCCACGCCCGUUUAUUGCACCGCCGCGCCCGCCUACGAGGUGGACUAUUAUACAGCCAUAGCCGAUGCAAAGCAUAUAUUUAGUCAGCUCUAUGAGAACGAUGAGUUUCUGCCUCGUGCGCCUAAUCCCGAGGAGAUUGUUGUCGAUGGUGAGGAUCCCAGCGCGCUGAACGAACAUAGUUUGCCCGAAGAUUUGCGGGCACAGCUGCACGAUUUACAGCAGGCGGCACAGCAAAUGGAUAUAGCCGAAUAGCCAGGCACAAAAGUUCUUAAACUUUGUCAUCACUUUAUUGAUCGAAACAAAAAACUGGAACAGGAAAAUUCUAUAUACAUGCUAAAUUUAUCAGUUAUAUAUAUUUUUUUGUGGACAAUUGAAUUUCAAAGAACUACAUUUUUGCUUAGCACAGUUGAUAAUCAAAUAAUU